AUGGAGUCGUCCGAGCAAGGUUCACAACCCCCGCGUGAGGAGCCCGUCAAUUCCAUCGAGAAUGAUGGGUCGAUCACUCCCGAAACAUGGAAAUUGAUGAUGGACGUGGUCAUGGCUAUCUAUGACUAUCGCGAAGAAGAUGGCCAUGAUCCGUCGCGAUUGUUCCAUCGCAGCGUCAACAAACGUUAUGUCCCCGACUACUACGAUAUCAUUAAGGAGCCAAUGGCUCUUAGUAUUCUGAAGGCCCGCAUAAAUAAGAGGGAAUACAAGCAAUUCUCCGAAUUUGUCCAUGAUUGCGCCUUGAUCCCGCACAAUGCGCAAACAUACAAUCGGCCCAAAUCGCAAGCCUACGAAGACGCGCUUGUCGUCAAGGAGGUUUUCGCCUCCGAGUUUAGAAAGCUAGCAGCCCGGGGCGCAAUUCCCGCCGAGGAGGCAGAGCUUCCCGAUCUAGGAGAGAUUCCAGAGGCCGAUCCCUUGCCUGAUGAUGACGAAGAAGAGGAGGAAGAGGAAGAAGACGAUGAGGAGGAUUCUGAAGAUGAGGGACGACGCAGAAAGAAGCCUGGUCCUAAGCCUGGCUUCAAGCGUGGAAUGGCCCCAAAGAACGAACCCGAUCUUCGCAGAAAACGAGGUCGCCCUCCACGCGUGGACACACCUAUGGAAACCCGUAUCAAGACCAUCUUGAAGGGAAUUCGGAAGUUCAAGGGUGCUGGCGGACAUUUAAAAAUCACCCACUUUGAAAGACUUCCCGACAAAGCGACUUACCCGGACUAUUAUAUGGAGAUCAAGGAGCCUAUCGCCAUUGACAUUAUCAAGCGCAAGUCCAAGCGCAAGAAGUACAACUCUGUCGAUCAUUUCAUGCGCGACCUCGAUGUCAUGUUCGAAAAUGCGAAGGCUUACAACCAGUCUGAUAGCCAGAUCUUCAAGGAUGCUGUCGACCUGCAGACUGAAUCACGAAAGUUGGCCGAUGCAGAGAAGAAGAAGCCUGAUAGUGAGUUCCUGAUGGAAGAUGGGCGUUUCCCACUCCCUGAUGGUAUCCUCCAUCGUGGUGAGCUAUGGAAAGUUGGCGACUGGGUUCACAUUCAAAACCAAAAUGAUGUGACCAAGCCAAUUGUCGCACAAAUCUACCGGACCUGGCAAGACUCAGAUGGGGAGAAGUGGAUCAACGCAUGCUGGUACUACCGACCAGAGCAAACAGUGCAUCACUUUGAAAAACACUUUUACCCCAAUGAAGUUGUGAAGACCGGCCAAUACCGAGACCACCGAAUUGAUGAGAUUGUGGAACGUUGCUUCGUUAUGUUUUUCACUCGUUACAGCCGUGGUCGCCCCAGAGACCUUGCGCCUGACAAGGAAAUCUACGUUUGUGAGGCACGCUACAAUGAGGAGAAACACAAAUUGAACAAGAUCAAAACCUGGGCCAGCUGUUUGCCAGAUGAAGUUCGAGAGAAGGACUACGAAAUGGACCUCUUUGAUUUGCCGCGCAAGAUAAAAAAGAUCCCUAGUCCAAUCAAGGACCUUCUCAAAGAGGAUUCCAAGGAAACCGAUGACCUUCCCCGUCCGACAUGGGGAGCCGACAACGCACCCCCUGUCGUCGGCGCUGUUCAUCGCCGCCCGCGAGAUGAAAAUGAAUCUCCACCCCCCGAACCAACACCAUCCCCUCCCCCUGUUUUGCCCCAGUCCGUAGCACCCCGUCAGUCAAUGGGCCAGCCAAUCCCCAUCACAGCCAUGAGCCCUGGCACAAAUACCCUUCAGACGCGGCCACCCGCACCCCCAAUCACAAUCCAAAACUCCCCGCCUCCAACCAACUCACCAGCCUACAAUGCCCAGAUGGCCCACGCCCAGCUAUACCAACAAUCUCUCCAACGGCGUGCAAGCAACUUCGCCACACCCCAGACACCAGCAGGCGCCUACCAGCCCUCGCCAGCACCACAGGCAUACCCAGUCCAGCAAACUCCUUAUAGCGGCUACCCUGGGAACCGUAUGACAGCCCCGCCAGCAGUGUACAAUCCCAACGCCCCGCGCCCAGUUGAAGUGUUCCAUUUAAGCGACGUAGCCAACGCCGCAAUCCCGGAAGAUAUCCGCAAGCAAUUCCACUGUGACGACAAUGGCCAUGUCCUAUUCUUCUCUGCCCCGCCGGUGGAUUAUAUUCCGUCCUCAACACAGAAGCUUGGCCAUUCCCUUAAGUAUCUUGCUGCUAAGGAGGAGCGCCAAAUCAAGGUUGAAGAGCGGAAACGCAAGCUCGCAGACGACAAGAAAGAGCGCGAUGAUGCUGCUAAGCGCCUCUGUGCUGAUCAAGAUUCUGUUUUUGCUGCUCGUGUCGAAAAACUUGCUGGCAGGGCUGUUGAGACUCUUAUCCAGAAGGUUGUCACUGGUACUGGAGAUCUGUAUGGUUCUCUCCGCAGUGGCCAGAAAAAUGGUGCUCUCGACCUUGGUGCUAUGCAUGAGCGUGGCCUCUUGGCUAGUCGUGCCAAGAAACAGACUCAACAGAUUCAGGAUCAGUCGGCGACUGAGGGCUUGGUCAAUCUUAAAGGUACAGCUGUGUAUUUGGAUGAGGCUUAG